AUGGACGGUGCUCCUUAUCUAAGGAAAGUGGACCUGAGAUCAUACUCUUCAUAUCAGGAGCUCUCUUCUGCCCUUGAGAAGAUGUUUAGCUGCUUUACCAUAGUUGACCUAUUUUACAGUUUCAAAUGGUACAGCAAUCGUCAGUAUGGGUCUCAUGGACCUCCAGGUAGGGAUAUGCUGAGUGAGCGCAAGCUGAAGGAUUUACUGCAUGGACCUGAGUACGUCCUUACUUAUGAGGAUAAAGAUGGGGACUGGAUGCUUGUUGGUGAUGUCACUUGGAGUAAGCUCCGAUUCCUUACAUUUGUUCUGUUAAUUGUACCUUCUUGUUGCCAUAGAUUUUACUGA